AUGGGGAGAAAAUUACCAUGGAAGACUUCCUCGACUCCUUCGGGCCCUGGAAGGAAAACUUCAGUGAAGUCGGAGAGCCCACUACCCACACCAUCACGAGCGCUCCAUCCAGGUACACCCUCAGCAUUCCCUAAGAAACCGCGUCGCGAGCGCGUGAUAGAGGCAGAAGGUAUUCCAGACUCAACACUUUCAUCAAAACCGCAAAGAAACCGACAAUAUCAUACAGAUGCCACACGCAGUCCUUCAACCUCGCCUCCGCCAGAGCCACCUAAAGAAAGAUUCAUGAGACCAGGCCUCGACCACGAUGACCGAUAUCGUAUAGUGGAAGACGAAUUCGUCAACAUGGCUCACCAAUUCACACUUCACAUUCAUGCUUCUGAAUACAAUCGUUUGAAGAAUUUGGCUAAACACCAAAACGCAGACACAAUCCGUGAGAUUGAAAGGCCUGUAGUCGGCGCGCCAACCCUCCUUACACGACAUCGUCAGGAGGACGUACGCCGCAAUGCCAAACAGCGCAAGCUUUUAGGUAAUGACGCAAAUGAGAAGAAGGACUCCCCUUACGUAGGGUCAAGUCUGCAAGGUCUCAUGGAGAGUCCCAGAAAGGAGCACAAGUGGAUAUCAACAGGUCUAGCUGAUACCGCAGCAACGAGAGCUUCGGCGGGUUUCAAUUCACAGAAGAUUAGCCCGCUACGGUUAAAGCAAGGAUCCAAUUCAUCUUCAGCAAAGAGGAGGCAGAUCUCUUUGGGCGAUGACGAUGAGACCGAUGAUGGAGAUGACUUGGAUCCAACUACGCCCUCACGCACCGCAGCUACAAAGGCAGCACGCACGACGCAUACAUCCAGUCCAGCCAUGCCACGAUCAACUCCACGAACAGCAUUUAGUACUCCUCGCACACUGAAAUCAGCUAUGAACACAACUUCAAGGUCGGGCUCUAGCGUUAAGCGACCAACAACAGCACCUGGAGGAAGCGAAGCACGUAAGAUAACCAAAAGCCGCGAUGCUCAAGAACACAUCGAUGAUGACGAUCCUUUUGGGAUCAACAAACGAAGAAUUCAGCGCCAAAAGUCAAGGGAACAGUUCCGCAAAACGGAAGAGAAAACACCCUCUAAAUCCUCACUCGACGAUAUUCCUUCAUUCCUCUGAGCACAUUCACCAUCACGAAAUCUCAACGGUGGCCCAACAGAGCCCUAUUGCAUGGAAAUCAAAUCAGUUCUUUUCAUUCAUGUAAGCCCUAUUCUUGCAUUGGCCGAUCCUCCAUUGUAAGCUCAUCAAAGUCAUCCAGCAACUCAUUCAUAUCGACGUGAGGUGCCUCAUCAUCCUCCUCAGUCUCAGCCACACUCAUCUCCUCCUCGGCUCUCUUCUUAGCCUUAUACAGGGCGAGCGUAGCACGGAGCUCCUCGUCUUCCUCGACAUCUCGCAAGAACUGCUCGUACUCUUGAUCCAAGCGUUCUUGGUCUGCCUUCUUGGGAAGAAGCUCUCCCUCGUCCUUGUCCAUACGCUUGAGCUGCCAGUUUCUCUUGCGGUUCUUUCUGCGGCGGGGAUAGUGCUUCUUGACUAGCACCACGUCAGGGAUUCUCGAUGAGUAUGUGUUCGAGCUCUCGAUCUUCUCGUAUUCGGUGUUGUUGAAAACGGUUCCGGCCAUCAGGUAACCCAUAGCAGAAUCACCGGGCUGGAGGAGUCGACCCAAGUGAGUCCUUGUGAAGUAUGUUCGGUCAUUUGAACCAAGAUCUGAGGCACGAGCGACUGUGGCUUCGGCAAGCGUCCACUUGCCCUUCUGGGUUGCUGUGCGGUCGAUAUCCAUGACAAUGAACUCAACGAGCUCAUGCGUAUCGGUGAGAGAUAGGAAAGGAGCUCGCCAAUAGAUGGGUGAGCUGAUAUCGCAAGUCUGAAGGGUCUGAGGGUCCAACAGGUACACAGAGGUACCGAUCUUGUGGCAGAGGAGGAGAGGUGAGAUGUUGCCGUUUUGCUUGGCCAUCUUGAUAGGCAGAGCGACCAAGUCGUCUUUACAUAUAGGCACCAGCUCGGCCGAAUAUGUGAACUUGUACGACGACUUAGAGGUGUGGGUAUCGUGAGAGAUAAGCUCCUGCGACGCCUUCACCUUGACAGGCACCACAGAGUUGAGGAAGUCGAUGAACUUCUCAGCCUGGUUCUUUUGGGCGAAGAAGAAGUCGAUACCAUCCUUGGCCUCCCGAAUGUUGAGUGUAUCUUUGUGUGCGCCGUGCUUCAUAAUAAGCUGCUCGAGGAAAAGGAAAGUUCGCUUGUGAAGGACCUUUUGACGAACUUGAACAGCAGCUCGCCAAACGUUGGCAGUGUACGACUUGGCACACUCAGGGCACUGCUGGUACGCCACCACAUACACAACCUCGAAACUCUGUUGAAGCAGCAUACCAUCUUGGACGGAAUCCUGGAUUGUGAUCUUGACCUUUACUCGUCGCGAGUGAGGCUCGGUCCAGAUAAAGCUCGCGUCCACGAUACGGACUUUGUUCAAACCUCGAAGUUUCUUGAGGCACAUGGCUAACAAUUCGCGGGAUUCGGGGGCGGCAACGAUCCAACUGUUGGGGGGCAUGAGCCAUCGGUCGCAAUCUCGGCAGAAGUUGAGCGUCGCCUCUCGCUGGACGCCUUGGGAAAUGUCGACAGUAAGCUUGAUACAGUCGUAGCAGAGAGCGCCGCUGGAGGCGGUUCCAUCGAUCGGGGCACCGCAGUUGCAGCAGAGAAUACUGAAGAAACUCGAGUUAGUAUUGCGCCCAAGAAUGGAACGAGUGCGGGGUGGUAAAGGAAGAUCAAGACUUACGUAGCAGAGCCCUGCUGCUGAGAGACAGGGGCUAUAGAGAUAGGCUGGUCAUCCAGAUCCAUCGACAUGUUGGGCAACGAUGUCGUGUGAAAUUUGAUGGUGUUGUUUGGGUGGAAAUGAAUGAUGUUCAGUGACUUUUAGAAAUCCUAGAGUGGGAGAAUUUGGUUCGCCGCCGCUUGAUAAGCGCUUAUCGGUGGGCAGAAAGGAUAUUUUUUUGCAGGCGCGGGGCAAAAAUUGGAAAAUGCAGGAUUCUUUCCUCAGAGUCAUAAAGUUCAGGGUCCACUUGGCUCCAUGAGAUUUGGUCAUGCCAAUCAUUGGAUGGCCAUCAUGUCUUAAAUGGAUUCUAUAUCUUCAAAAGUCGUGGUUUUGAUAAAUUCAGGUAUUAUAGACAAAAAUGCAAAAAAGAAAGAAAAAAAAAGAAAAACAAUGGCUAUACAGAUCAGAAAAUCUUGCUUAGUACCCUCGUCACCUCGGCUGGUUGAUCUUCCACUUCCGUCUUCUUCUUCGCCAGAGGAACUUGCUUGAACGAUCUCUUGACUUGUCGCCCCGAGUCCUCUCCCUCUCUCUCGCCAUCUGCCUUCCUCUUCUUGGCCUUUGCCUUGGCUUCCAUGCCGUCCAGCAUCUUUGCUUUCUCCACGUUCCUGACAAACUCCUUGUUCUCCUUUGUCGACUUGCUGAUCUCGGCUCUCAUGCGGCUAGCGCGCUCAGCGUUCUCAGCAGCGAUUUGCUCUGUGAGGUUGUGCCAUUUGAAACCCUUGAGGUAUAGAAGAUUCCAUAAAUCGUCGUGGUAGUAGCUGCCCUUCUUACCGCCAAUGGUGCGCGCGUUGAGAAGAUCGCAUACAGCCUUGGCGUCCUUCUUUUUUGUGAACUCGACCCAUCCUUCGGUAUAAGAUCGCUUCUUGUUACCGCCAGCGCGAACGCGACGGGCAUGUGAGGCUGGGUCUUCAGGGGCAAGGAAGAUGCGGUUGAUGGUUCCGUAGGGUUCGAGGAGAGAGCGCAGCUUGGCGGGCUUCAUGAAGGGUGGUAUACGGGAGAGGUAGACGACGCCUGACUUCUUGAUGGCGGCUUCGGAUGCGACGAGGUUCUUCUUUGUCAAUGUUCUUGUGACAUCGGGCAGCUCCGUCGAAGUUGUGUCUUUUGAUUUGCGCUUUGGCUUUUCCGGUUUGUCAUCCUCCUUCUCGCCCUUUUCUUGUUUCUCUAAAUCCUUUUCGGCCGGCUCGCCGUCAUCGUCGCUGGCAUCGCGCUCAAUGUCGCUACCCAUAUCAUCCUCAUCGUCCGAGUCAAGUUUCCGUCGCUUGGCGCCUCGGCCACCCUUUUUCAUAUCAUCAUCCUCGGAAUUGUAGCCAACAUCGUUCUCUUCAUCGCUAUCGGCCGUAUCGAGAAAGUCGUUUUUGGUUUCGGGUGCCAUGAUGAAUGCGAUUGGCAGCACUGAGCUUGAGCUGUCUCCAAUGUGAGGCCGG